CUCCUUGUCUACUCUCUAUAUAUAACACACACACAAUUACUCUCUCCCUCCUCCUCCCCAAAAUUAUCGCUUCCUUCACCUCUCCUUUUUCCCCUUUGCAUUAUCUCUUCUUCUUCACCGUCUUCAAUCUCUCCGAUUCUCGAAGCUUCUUUGAGAAUGACAACAACCAAUGGAGCUGACUAUGGUGCCUACACAUACAAGGAGCUUGAGAGAGAGCUUUACUGGCCUUCUGAGAAGCUGAGGAUAUCGAUCACCGGUGCCGGAGGUUUCAUCGCUUCCCACAUUGCUCGCCGUUUGAAGCACGAAGGUCAUUACGUGAUUGCUUCUGACUGGAAGAAGAAUGAGCACAUGACUGAAGACAUGUUCUGCAAUGAGUUCCAUCUCGUUGAUCUCAGGGUCAUGGAGAAUUGCCUCAAGGUCACUAAUGGUGUUGAUCACGUCUUUAACUUAGCCGCCGACAUGGGUGGUAUGGGUUUCAUCCAGUCCAACCACUCGGUCAUCAUGUACAACAACACCAUGAUCAGCUUCAACAUGAUCGAGGCUGCUAGGAUCAAUGGGAUUAAGAGGUUCUUCUAUGCCUCUAGUGCAUGUAUCUAUCCCGAGUUCAAGCAGCUGGAAACGACUAAUGUGAGCCUCAAGGAGUCAGAUGCUUGGCCUGCAGAGCCUCAAGAUGCUUAUGGUUUGGAGAAACUUGCAACGGAGGAGUUGUGCAAGCAUUACAACAAAGAUUUUGGAAUUGAGUGCCGCAUUGGGAGGUUCCAUAACAUUUACGGUCCUUUUGGAACGUGGAAAGGUGGAAGAGAGAAGGCUCCAGCUGCGUUCUGCAGAAAGGCUCUCACCUCCACGGAUAGGUUUGAGAUGUGGGGAGACGGGCUUCAAACCCGCUCUUUCACCUUCAUUGAUGAGUGUGUUGAAGGUGUGCUUAGGUUGACAAAAUCAGAUUUCCGUGAGCCGGUGAACAUUGGAAGCGAUGAGAUGGUGAGCAUGAAUGAGAUGGCUGAGAUGGUUCUCAGCUUUGAGGAGAAGAAUCUUCCGAUUCACCACAUUCCAGGCCCAGAAGGUGUUCGUGGCCGUAACUCAGACAACAAUCUGAUAAAAGAAAAGCUUGGUUGGGCUCCAACAAUGAGAUUGAAGGAGGGGCUUCGAAUAACCUACUUCUGGAUAAAGGAACAAAUUGAGAAGGAGAAGGCUAAAGGCAGUGAUGUUACGCUUUACGGUUCAUCAAAGGUGGUUGGGACUCAAGCACCGGUUCAGCUUGGAUCACUCCGCGCGGCUGAUGGAAAAGAGUGAAAGAUGAUUUCAAGCUCAAAAAUUGCCUUAGUUAAUUUAUAUAAUUAAGGCUAGUAAAAUGUUUAGAUACACGCUUUCCUACGAAGAAAAAAAAGAGCAAUAAUAAAUGUUUUGGAUUUGAUGUCUUUCUCUCAUUCUGUAGUAAAUCCCCUAAUUCUUGUUUUAAUAUUUAAUUGAGAAAGUUUUCCUU